AUCACAACGAAGGAAGGGCAGAACUUAGGUCUAGAAGUGAGUUGGCUCGUUUUGCGAUAGAUGGUAUCGAAUGGACGUGGAAAGUUUACUGUUAUUAACAUAUGAUUGAAAACGUUGAUUAGAAUAUGAAUGGAACAACAUACUCACACUUUGACAGUCAAGAACAUGUUUUGAAAUUAGGCGAAACAUUUGAGAAACAACCCAAAGGUGCUUACCACACGGUGCGAUAUGACUUCAAACCAGCCUCCAUUGACACCUCCUGUGAGGGAGAGCUGGAGGUGGGAAAGGGAGAACAAGUUAACAUCACACUGCCCAAUCUGGAGGGAUCCACUGCCCCUGUAACAGUCUUCAAAGGAUCCAAGAGGCCUUAUAUGAAGGAAUGUAUUCUCAUUGUAAACCAUGAUACAGGAGAGUACCGUCUGGAGAAACUCAGCAGCAACAUUGCAGUCAAGAAGACCAGGGCUGAAGGCAGCAGUAAGAUCCAGUCACGUAUAGAGCAGCAGACCAGUCGUCUGAGCCAGCAGAUGAAGACUAGUGUUAGCAGCAGCAGCAAAACCCCAGCAGGCUCCAAGAGCUCUCCUCCCAAAGAGAAGAUGUCCCCUGCCUCCCCCAUGGAUGACAUUGAGAGAGAGCUAAUGGCGGAGGCGAAGGUCAUGGACCAGAUGAGUAGUGGGGACUCGUCCUCAGACUCCCACAGCUCCUCCUCCAGUAGUGGGGACAGCUCCAGCAGUAGUGAUUCUGAGGACGAGUCCCGGCACCCGCCUCCCCCCGGCCCCUCUGGGGGUCCCCUCACAGCGCCACCACCCCACCAGGGCAUGCCCAUCCUCACCACCGUUACCACCACCACCAUCUCCUCACCACCUCGGGGUGGAGGACACCUCAUGAGUACGCUAAAGAAUGACCUGCAGUUAAGUGAGUCUGGCAGUGAAAGUGACGAUGACUGACCAGUGAGAGACCACUGAUUAUGUGGCGUGUCAGAGAGGUCCAUCUGUGGACAGCUGCACUGACCUUCACCUGGAUGGAUGGCUGUCCUUUAGGGUCACAACAGGAGUGAAAUGAGACUAGGGAAUAUGGAUGUGAUCUUCUUAAUGACAAAUAAGACCAAACCCCUACACCUUUUGUAAGCAACACCCCUCACCACCUAACCAGCAUUUCAGUUGAAUGUGUCUUCAUAGUUCUAUCAAUAGUCUCAGUUGUCGAUAUCUGUUAGUGCCUUUUUGAAAGAAAUGGGUCAAUAGCUGUGAUCAAUUCUCUUAUCUACACAUUUGAUCUGGGUUAUUUUCACUGUUCAUUUUAGGUAGUGGUUACUCUACUAGUUUAAGUUUUACUACUAGUUGGCCAAAGGGAACUGGGAACCAUACUGCUGAAUUGAACAGAGGAGUUAUUUCUGUUAUCAAGGAUCAGCCACAUCAAUAUCAGAAUGGAUUCCCCUUCAUUCACCCAUUUGGAAAGACUUCAAGCAUCAUAUAGCGUCAGUGUUUCAUUAUUUAGCCGUUAGACUGUGACUACUGUGAAAUAUUUACUCUUAAAGGGGAUAGGUUGAAGCAGUCUUAUCAUGUUGUUGCUUUAUUAGGAAUUAUCUUAAAAUUGUACUUUUGUUUAAUAUAUGGCCUAGCAACAUAUCAAGUCUGAGGGGUAUUUGAGGAAACUAGUGCACUACUUGAAGUGGAUUGAUUUAGCCUAGUGUGGGGUAAAUGUAAUUUAAAGAUUUUGCUCAGUGAUGCUACGUAAUGUAUUUGAAAGAUUACUUGGCUUUGUUGCUUUAAACCUGCAAUACUUGAAUCUGAUUUAUGAUUAUAUUUGACAUAUUUACUCAGAAAAACCAACAGCUUAAUAUAUUCUAUGGGUGUCAGAGUAAUGGGAGUGUAUGUAUGCACCUAUAGCCUGAUGCCAGUGAGUCUUACAGCCCUGCCUUUAGAACUGCCAUUCCUAUGACUACUAUCCCUUCUGUUGUUAUGGUUACUGAAGUGAAUCUCAAAAGUAUUUCCUUGAAUCCCUGCAUCCUUGAUUCAUUGAUUCUUUCACAAAAUGCAUUGGAGGAGAAGGUCUGAGAGAAGGUAGUUGGAUCUUCUCUUCCAAUGUGUUUUUAAAAAUGAAUAAAAAGAAGAGGCUAUUCAUCAUGGAAUUAAAGAGACGUGUGAUGAAUCCAGGAAAUGCGUUUGAGACAUAUCCCAGGUCAUAUCUCAUAUCUUAGUGUUGCACCCUCUAAAGUAUUAUGUUACAACAUUAUGGUCGUCCCAAUAAUCUCUCCUUUCUCCUGAGGUGUGCACCUGUUCAUGGAUGUGAAUGGAAAUGAUGUGAAUGGAAAUGGAAAUGUACUAUUCUACAAAUCAAUAUAGGGGGAAAACCCCGACUGUUAUGCUAAUGUAAUGCAAAACCUAUAUACAAAGGAAAAAUGCAGCAAAAAUAUGAAUGGAUGUAAUUGUAAUCUAGUUGAAUAUAUUGAUAAAAGUAAUCUUGUCCUCGAGAGAUUCACAAAACUUCAUGCCAGGGUAAGCCUACACAAAAUACCGUUUUUAUUUGAAUUGUUUCUAAAAAAUACCCUAUGGGAAAAAUGAAAGGUGUAAAAAUGAUAGGAACCAUUUGCCUGUUUGACUGCUAGCAUUUCUUGGUAUUAUUACAUCUCCACUGUGGGGCUCUGAGACUUGGAUUUAAAAGGAAUAGACUGGUGCAAAAAAAUGAGGUGGAAGGAAACUUUAAUUUGCCCAUGUUUACACCACUCCAUUGCUUUUUAGAUUUAGUAGCACAUGUAAUCUGGAAUAUCAGCCCAUGGUACAUGCACAGAUAGAACAAUGAGACAUAUUUCACCGGAUGUAUAAAUGUGAAGCAUACACUUGGCGUUUCCACUCACUACCAAAUAUGGUAGUAAGAAGAAACCCACUGGCCGACAGUGGGAGAAGAUGGAUUUUGGCCGAAAAUUUUGACAUUUUCUCGUUGAUUAAACAUUUGAUCUCAAUACAGAUUCCCGUUCCCAGGACAAUAAUCUGUUAUGGACAGAGUGGACUAAGUUUUGUAAACUUUAUCCUUUGCAAAAGUUUUUAAAAAUCUAGUUGUUUAGAAGGAAUUCAAAGGCGAAUUGAGUUAUUACACAGGAGCACUUCGCAGAGUAGGCGUUCCCUAACGAAAAUAUGCAGAUGUAUACUAGAACGUGCCAAUAGGAUCUCACUAGCCCGUGUUUGGCUCUGCCCACCUCCUUGCUUGUUCUGCCCACUAUGACUAAUUUGUUCCCAUUGGAAACGACAGGCUGUGUAAUAUAUUGGUUUAGUUAUAAAAAUCUUUGGUACAUGUUU